ACAGCAAGAGCACAGGCUGUAGAGGGGACCAGGUGGGGGUGUGAGGGUGACAGUGUGACAGGAGGUUGUGCCAUGGGGGGCAGCAGUCAGGUGGGGGGUGAGGGGCUUUGUGUUUGGUUUGCAGGUGUGACAAGAUGGUUGCCAGCUCCGAGACCUUGACAGCCCAUUGCCUGCCCAGGGUUCCUGAUGCUGCUCGACCUGCAGAGACAGGUGACAGGGCUGGUGCUGAUCUCUUGCUGGAGCACAUCCUGAGAGCCUCUGUCACCCAGAGAUUCCUGUUCCCAAGAGGAGCAACGGCUGCAGUGCAGGACAUCUCCUACAUUGCCAAGAGAAUGGCUCCACAGAGAAGCAUCGACUGGCAGCAAAAGCCAAGAGUUGGAGCAGGACUCCAGAACCUGGGCAACACCUGCUUCCUCAAUGCUGUCCUGCAGUGUCUGACAUACACGCCCCCCCUGGCCAAAUACCUGCUCUCUCGGGAGCACAGCCAGUCCUGUGCUCAGCCACACUCUUGUGUGAUGUUCAGAGUGCAAGAGCAUGUUAACAAGGUCCUGUGUACUGCAGCCCCCUCCAUCCUGCCUUUGGACGUCCUCGUUGUUCUCCAGCGCAUAGGAGACCAUUUCCAGCUGGGCAGGCAGGAAGAUGCCCAUGAGUUCUUGCGCUGCACUCUGGAUGCCAUGCAGAGAGCUUGCCUUCCUGAGACCAGCAGAGGCGACAUGUUUUCUAAAACAACCAUCGUCCAUCAGAUAUUUGAAGGCUUGAUGAGAUCCAGAGUCACCUGCCUGAGCUGCGGAGCAGCUUCCGAGUCCUUCGAGCCCUUCCUGGAUGUCCUUUUGGAUAUAAAGGGAGCUGCUUCCGUCACUGAAGCUCUGGACAACUUCAUGAAGCCAGAGACGCUGGAAGCCGAGAACGGCUAUCGAUGCAGCCACUGUGGCCAGGUGGUUGUCGCCUCCAAGGCAUGCACCAUCCAAAGGGCCCCUGAGGUGCUCACCCUGGGCUUGAAGAGAUUUGAAGUCUUCACUGGCAGGAAGAUCACCAAGGUUGUGAAAUAUCCGGCGUUCUUGGAUCUUGGGCCAUACAUGUCCCAGGCAGCAGGAGAACCGCUCCUCUACUCCUUGUAUGCUGUCCUGGUGCACAGUGGUGCCAGCUGCCACUGGGGACACAACUUCUGCUUCAUCAAGGCCAGCGACGGGAUGUGGUACCAGAUGGACGACUCAUCUGUGGAGCCUCGUGGUGCCGAGCCAGCUCUGGGGCAGGAAGCCUAUUUACUGUUCUAUGUCAGGUGCUCUGAUACGAAAACUGAAGAAAGUGUUUCUUCCUCCCCAGCACCACCAGCACCAGAUGCCUGUUCCUCCCCCUGCCAGAGGACAGCCAGCAGUGAGCAGGACUCUUCACAGGUGGAGGACGUGGAGGCCUCUCCAGAGGACAGCAACUCCUCCACAGCAGCCAGCACCAGUCAGCCAAGCCAGCCAGGUGCACAGGAGGCUUCUGCAGGCUGGCUGAGCCACAUCUGGCCAGGCACGCUCAGCAUCACCUCCUUCAUGGGCUCCUGCUGGCACCGAUUCUUCUGCAGCUGCAGAAGGCUGGUGUCCAGAAGGAGAGCUGUGUGCCCCGACUGCUGCCCACCGCCUGGCCCUGUGCUGCACCCCCAGCAAGACAGCAGCAACAAAGGGCAGCCAGGACUGGUCCCUUCUUCCUGCAGCCAGAGGAGCAGGGCCAGGGAGAGGACCCGCAGCAGAUCCCCGCAGCCGGGCAGCAACUGUCGCAGCUGGCUCGUGGCUGCCACAGAUGAUGAGCCCUCAGCAGCACGGAGAGUGAGAACUAGUCCUCCACAUCAGCACCGUGCUCGCAGGGCGGAGGGAGCUGCAGGGCCUGCCAGGGGCAGCUCCCAGCUGGCUCCUGCACCCAGAGCUGCUCAGGAGCCCACCCUGCUAGGGCAGAGCGAAAGGAGCCAGCGCCCAGGGCAGGGCGCUGAUCUCCAGAGCCAGCCUGGGGAAAGCACAGCCUGUGCCCCCCCAGCAGAGAGGAGGAGAAGGGCCCCGCUGCCCCCGCGGUGCCCGUCAGCAAAACGCUCGCGGCGCUGCAGCGGCGACGCUGGCGGAGCAGCCCUGAGCGGGGAAGUAGCGCAGCCCCUGGCUCCUGCAGUGCCCGUCAGGCAGGGGAGGAGGAAUCCUGCCAGCACCAGAACUGCCCUCGCAAGGGCCUAAGCUGCACAGAGGGCACCAGCAGCCCAGCCCGGCCCUCCUGCCAGUGCUGCCUGUGGCCAGGAAGAGCUCAGAGCCCUUCCCGAGACUUGGGCAGCUCUGCCCUCUGGCCCCGCUUCCCAAGGGUUCCUCCAGGAAGAGCUUUAAUCCCUGGCCAGCUUCUGGGAUGGCCUGGGGAAAACAGCGGGGCAGGA